GGAAGCCAUUUCAUGGCUGAAGUAAAAGCGGAACAUGAAUCAGCUCAUCGUCUAUGCAUCACACGCAUGACAUAUGGGAGCAGGACAACAGCCAGUGGCUGAAAGAUCAGUGCAUGCGUAUGGGAGACGCCUAUAUCAUCGUGUACUCUGUGACAGACAAGUCCAGCUUUGAGAAAGCUUCAGAGCUACGAAUCCAGCUGCGCAGAGCUCGGCAGUCGGAAAACAUCCCCAUCAUCCUGGUGGGAAACAAGAGUGACUUGGUGCGGUCCCGAGAAGUUUCUGUGGAUGAGGGCAGUGCCUGUGCCGUUGUGUUUGACUGCAAGUUCAUUGAGACUUCAGCCUCGCUACAUCACAAUGUGCGCGACCUCUUCGAGGGCAUCGUCCGGCAAAUUCGCCUGCGCAAGGACAGCAAAGAAGAAAACGCCCGCCGGAUGGCCAACUGCAAGCGCCGCGAGAGCAUCAGCAAAAAGGCCAAACGUUUCCUGGGCCGUAUGGUGGCCCGGAAGAACAAGAAGAUGGCCUUCAGACAGAAGUCUAAAUCCUGUCACGACCUGUCAGUGCUAUGAAAAACUGGACUAAUUUGCCCUCUGAUACCCACGACCAGAAACUGUGUGUUUUUCAUGCUAAUAUGAGGACUGUCUAGCUGUACAGACAAAAAUGAACUUGUUUUGUAAACUGAGAAGAGAUUCGAUAUGAAACAAAACUGACAAAAUCAUGUUGAUUAUGUUGACUGGCAUGAGGCUUUUUAUUGUUAUGUUACAUUAUUCUGUGUUUUGCUGCCUUAAUAUGUAGAGUUGUCAAAUUCUGCGCAUGUAAAUAGGAGGUAAAUGCACAAAUCACAAUGUUCCCUUUGGAGAGCUAUGGGGUAUGUUUGCACAAAGGCAAAAGAAAUGUUAUUUUCCUUAUGUGGACUAGAGCUGUAUCAGAUGUCUAAGGGAUAAGCACAAGUAAUUUUUCUUGUUGAUAUUACAUAUGGAAUCAAAUGUUAGUACUUGAAACUGAGUGCGCAGGUUCGUAACUCAGCCAAGACACUGAACUAGAAGGUUUGGGUUUUUUGGGGGGUCGGGUGGGGUAGGGCAAGAGGCAAUAUAAAUAGGAUGUUUCAGUA